GAAAGGGAGUGGAGUGCGCGGUUGUCCGGGCGGCCAUUGUGAGUACUUUACGAAAUCGCGAUCGUGAUCCCGAGUGUCGUGCGGCAUUCAACCAAGAAAUUUUUGAAGGCGCAAUCUUCUGUGGAGUAAAGUGCUCCGUGUAAAGCCCGGAACGCGCACGAGACUCCAGCCCGAUGGCUGAGACCGACAAGUUGAACAUCGACAACAUCAUAGCUCGGCUCUUGGAAGUUCGAGGAGCCAGACCAGGCAAGAAUGUUCAGUUGACAGAAGUGGAGAUCAGAGGAUUAUGUCUCAAGUCACGUGAAAUUUUUCUGUCACAACCUAUUCUUUUAGAACUUGAAGCACCCUUAAAAAUAUGUGGUGAUAUACACGGGCAGUACUAUGAUUUGUUGCGAUUAUUCGAGUAUGGUGGAUUUCCUCCUGAGAGCAACUAUCUUUUUCUGGGAGAUUAUGUAGAUAGAGGGAAGCAAUCAUUAGAGACUAUUUGUCUUCUUCUUGCCUAUAAGAUCAAGUAUCCUGAAAAUUUUUUCUUGUUAAGAGGAAACCAUGAAUGUGCAUCCAUUAAUAGGAUAUAUGGAUUUUAUGACGAAUGUAAACGUCGUUACAAUAUUAAAUUGUGGAAAACAUUUACUGAUUGCUUCAAUUGUCUACCUGUUGCUGCGAUAGUAGAUGAAAAGAUAUUUUGUUGUCACGGAGGCUUGAGUCCGGAUCUGCAGAGCAUGGAACAGAUCAGACGUAUUAUGCGACCAACGGAUGUACCUGAUCAAGGACUGCUCUGUGAUUUAUUGUGGUCAGAUCCUGACAAAGACACAAUGGGUUGGGGUGAAAAUGAUCGUGGUGUAUCAUUUACAUUUGGUGCAGAAGUGGUUGCCAAGUUUUUACACAAACAUGACUUCGAUCUUAUAUGUCGCGCACACCAGGUGGUAGAAGAUGGUUACGAAUUCUUUGCUAAACGGCAGUUGGUGACGUUAUUCUCGGCCCCGAAUUAUUGCGGCGAGUUUGACAAUGCAGGUGCCAUGAUGUCGGUAGACGAGACUCUCAUGUGCAGUUUCCAAAUCUUGAAACCGGCCGAUAAGAGAAAAUUCACAUAUGGCGGUCUAAAUGCGGGGCGACCGGUGACGCCACCGCGAGGUGCAAACAACAAGAACAAAAAGAAGUAAACUCUUUAGACUUGUCUUUUUAAAUGCGAUGCUUAGGAUUUACAACUGCUAUCCUUGAUCCACCAAUCACAUCCGCAAGAUCUUAAGUAAGAGAGGGAGAGGCAGCGAGAGAGAAAGAAAUAUUUAUAAUAAUAAUAAUAACUAUUAUUAUUAUUUUAUUACGUUUUUUGGUUGACUAUGAAGGCUGCAGAAAUAGUUACAAAGAGUGGAAAAAAAAAAAAAAAAAAAAAUACGUCUAUACUAGAAAAUCCGGAGGAGCGUUGCUUUUCAUAAAAGUUUGUCGGAAGUAGUAAAUGAUAGCGUAUGUUUAUAGCUAAAUAUAUUACAUGUAAAACAAAAAUAGUAGUGAUGAAAACCAAUCUACUGAUAAUAUUAGAGUGGAUCAUACGGACGCCGCGAUAUUCUUUCAAAAACCGUUGCGCAAAGUAAGAAGUAAAACCACAUUGUAUAACUCAUCUUUUGUAUUUGCCAAUUAUAAUAUCUGUGUCUUUUAGUCCUGUCAUUUGUUCACCAACAUCAAUAAUAAUAUCUAAUCAAAGAAACGAGAUAAAGGGCAAUACAUUGAUAAUAUCUUAAGAGCAAUAUUGAUAAUCUCUUGCCAGAAGAAAAGAAAGACAAGAUCUCAAGAUUUUUCGAUAAGUUUACACAUUGAUAUUGUGACGAUGUAGAACAUUUGUCAUGUAUAUCAUAUGUCCGCUUUUGCUUCAUUUUUGUUUCAUUAUGUAAGUAACGCCAUUUAUAAAAAACAUUGACACACGAAUAUUCACGACUAGUGACUAUCUAGAUUUAAUUCCCUAAAGUAUAGAUAUUUAUAUAGCUUGAUAUACUUCUGUAAGUUGCACAAAUUUGUAAACAAUAUUGAAUUAUUACGUCAUACGUACUUUUAUAAAUAUAUAUUUAUAUGAACUGUGGGGGAAAAAAAACUAUAAAGAAAAAAAUAAACAAAGAAAGGGAGACGUGAUUUUUGUUCUAUAAAGUCGAAACAUCUGUAGCGUAAUAAGUCAAUGCGCGCGUGUUCUUAAUUGUCUCUCUUACAACAAGCAUAAGUAAGUAUUCGUGUUACAAUUAUAUUGUAGCAAGGCUUCUCUGGAUUACUUUCAACGAUAAUAUAGUAGUUCAUAAAAGUGAGAUGGUAUCGAUCGUGUGUGAAUAGUGAACAUAAGAGCGCGCAUCGUACAGCGAUUUAAUGUUGUCGUCGUCGUCGUAAUAAGCGUCUAAUUCUGAAGUAAUGCCAAUAAUAAGAAACAACGUGUCCUCUUGCGGUCGGAUGUUUGCGAUUUCUCAAUUGUAAACCCUCUCCUAUCAAAAUGAAUAAUAUUGUUAAUAUUAUUAUAUUGAGACACCUCCCCCGCCACCCCGUCCCUCGCUCUCCUUUUACUCUAGUUUUAUUUAGCGUCUUGUUCAUUUCCAUCAGCACUGUUUUCCCAUUUAUCACUGCACAUCGCACAAAGCACGAAAUCAUCCUCGAUAAUAACUAAAAGACACGAUAUAAAACUACGAAAACAAGAACGACGUGAGGAUCUUACGAGGUUAAAAACUGAUCAUGUUUAGCAUCCUCUUCAAAACAACAAAACCUGUACAUUAAUUUCUUUUAUAAAUAAAAUUCACAUAAAAACAUC